GCUGCGUGAAGAGGACUACACAAUGGAGAUUUUGAGAGUUGUUGGGACUUUGUGCAUUGCAAUCGCUUUGAAUUCCUAUGUGGAAUUGUAUACGGCUUCAUCAAUAUGGAUUAUUCUUGUGCAUCAAUUGUUUUAUUUCGUGAACUAUGUUGAAAUUACUUUGACGUAUAAAAUGUUGAAUGAAUUGUCGAAACAAUGCCGGAGUAUUAAUGAGCAUCUACAGAAGAGAAUCAGUUUUCUGGCGUUGGAUAAAAUUCAACCGAAAGGUAAAAUCUGGAAUGAAUUGUUGGAUGUGAAGAAGUUACGCGAGAGCGAGAAAGAUUCCUUUUUUGAUAGCGCGUAUGAAAUGGCCGAAGCUCAUUUGGCUAUCGGGCAAAUUGCGACUGAAAUCAACACGGUUUUCGGCGUGUCUGUUCUGGUUGCAGUGUUGAGUGAUUUUACGAUGUUGACCUGCACCACUGUCACGUUCUGCCAAGACAUUCGCCAGCUUUUAAACCUUGGAAAGGUUAACUAUGGAAUUAUGCUGAAAGCUUUCAAUAAUGCAUUUCACGAUGCGCUUAUUUUAACCAAAGAAUGUUAUAGUAUUUAUUAUUGGACCAAACUUAAGAAAACUCUAAAGGCCACAAUAACAUGUUUGCAUAAAAUGUGGAAUACGCUCGCAAAGCACAACGAGAUCGACGAGAAAUCCAAUUAUUUACAAUUGCUCAUCGUGCAAUUAUUCAACGGCAUGCCGAAUUUUUCAACCUUCGGUAUCAUCAUCAUUGAUUGGCCGUUAAUUAUCUACGUCAUCUCAUCUGCCGCCACGUAUGUUGUUAUUAUAAUGCAAUUCGAAUUAGCUACUGAAGUUCAACCGAAUCCUAUUCGGAACGCUACAAUAACACAUUAAUCACACAGCGA